GUUAACUGCCUGAGCUGUUAUACCUGUACAAGUGAGGAUUCCUUGGAAAAUUGUAAUUUGAAGUCAACAAAAAAAGAUUGCCCAUCGGGAACACCGAAUUGUGUCACUGGCACGUUAAUAUGUUCUGCAGGGGAAGUCACGAAAACUGUCUUCUACAAGAGAUGUGGAACCAAAGGCGAGGACUGCGACCCGUCAGAUUAUCCCUCCUGUCCUUCGUCACAGGGAGGAUGGUUAUUCGGCACUUCAGGCAAAUGUUGCACUGGUGACAACUGUAACUCUGGCCCACGUAAUACGAUCAACGGCGCACUUACAGGAAUGUCUAUUUUGCUGGCCUUCUUGGGGUUCUCCUACUUUUAAACACUUCAUAUCGUAAUUAACCUUUCAUAGGCUUUUUUUAGUUACUAAACUUCGAAAACCAACGAUAUAUGUAACAAAAUCAAGAAAAGCUAUUUAGUUUAGCCGCCGGGAUUAAGCAGCUAAAAAUAAAUAACACCCACCGGCAGAGGUUCCUAUUUUUCUCAACAUGCUAGAUGACAGAACACUGACAGAAGUUAGAGCUAGUACAUUAAAAGUAUGAAUGCAACUAUUAUACUUUAACAAAUUCUACUGCUUACAUAGUCAACAACGGCAAUAAAAAGCGAUUUUGACUUCAUUGAUGUGUUAUAACUUUAGUCCUGUUGAUCAUCUUAAGUUAAAUGCAAUGAACUGCAUUUACGUUCGGGUUUUUAACCCUUCUGAAGCCCCGAGAUCUACAUAUAACAAAUUCUCCAGACUGAUCUCCAUACAUUUCUUGUAAGAAUGGUUGAGAGAAUUUGGUUUAAAAUCAAAGUAUUCUCCCUUUGGUAAUCAAUUUAGUAAUUCUCAUAACCUUUACUGUUGAUGAUCUGCUGAUGUUGUUAGGAGAAAAUUGAUGUUGGUCACUCUUGGGACCUUAAGGGUUAAUGGCCCUGUUAGGGUAAAAUUCCGACAAGGGACAUGGCCUUGAAACAACGACAUAAGACUCGAUGAAAUGGCCACAAACGACAUAAAGAUGGGUCAAAUAGCAACAGGGGCAUGGCCUACUCCAACCUCGUCCCCAGGGCGCUUUUCUCUGGCUUCAAAGCCAAGGAAAAGCGCCCUGGGACGAGGUUGGGCCUACUCCUCAAAACGCGCGAAACGACCAUAUCAAAAAUUCAGGGCAGGGACACACGUACCCCCCCCCCCCUCCUAAGAGGGUCCCAAAUUUUACCGUCAACAGCCCGGCCAUUUUCCCCAACUUUGUCAUUACACUGAAUUCGUUUUAAAUACGGCUUGAUCAGUUUAAUCAGCACGAGCAGCUCUAAACGGUGCUUGCUGGCGGAAGUUCCACGAACGUACAAUUGGAGGCGGGAAGGUGGAUGUCAUCCCCCUCUAAGGUUUUUCUGAGUCUUUUUCCUAGACAAUAAACAUUAGCACCUGAAGUUUUCAGUAGCUUUUCGUUUAUCCCUCACGCGCAUUUUGAAACACGUUUACUGAUGACCAGUUAUUAUGGUUACAAGAUAUAACGUCAUAAGUAGCAGGUGGUCUAACCAUUUUUGAGUGAAAAUGAAUGUUUUUCAACUUGUUUCCUCGUUAAAAGUAAAUCAAGCGUUUUUACCUGAUUUCUAAUUUUUGGUAAAAUCCAAGAUGGCGAUCAUGUUUGGUGAAGUCACUUUCCUCCAGCAGCGCCACCACCGAUAAAAUACACCUCAUCUUGUAGGGACGAUCAAAGGCUUUCCACUAAAGGUAAAAUCUUUUCGAUACAUGCACCCAACUUAUCAAUAACUCUAGGGAGGGGUUUCAUCAACACCAACGUCCCCCCCCCCCCUUUUGUGCCACGGUAGGGGUAUGACUUUGUCUGCAUUGAGUUUUGUCCUGUUUCACACUUUAAGUGACGUCUGGCUACAGUAUCUCUUUGAUUAGAGAUGCGGCAAGAGGAAGCAGUCAGUUAUAUUUCCGCGUUGCGUGGACCUCUGCAUUGAAACAGUUUUUCCAAUAUGUUUGUACGUCCGAGGGUUAAAAUAAAAUAUUUUGAAUAGACUGAUACCCUCACGUAGCUUAAUGGUAGAUGGUCAGGAUAAGUUCGAUUCUUAAAACAAUUUGUUUUCUUUUUCUUACUUUUUGUUGUCGUUAUUGUUGUUUUGUUGUAUUUUGUUCAUUAUAAGCCCUUUCCUCGCGAGGCUCUGCGACUUACCUAUUUCUAGUAGUAUUUCUAGUUUUUGUGCUAAUAUUUUUUGUGUUCAAAUAAUCGAGUUUUCCGACAAUCUCCACAUACAUCUAAGGUGCUUUCUACGAUAGACUGGUACUAAACUGUUGACUUCCGUGGGAAGCCGGAAGUCGAUGACGUCAAUAAUUUUUAUAUGGCGUGAUGGUCAAACGUACCGUCCGUGAUCUAAUAAGUCACCGUUAGCAAACAAGAGAUAUCACCCACCGCACCGACUCCACAUUCAGUAGACGAUCAAUAAAGGUGCUAUAUGCAUGUGUAUGGACGCACCUGAAGUUGCAGUCUAUAUAUCAUAGCUAUAUCAAUAUAGCACGGAUUGUUAAGUUUAUCUGCCUCUGAUAAGAGUUAACCGGUUCCAGGUGAGUGUUGUUUAAUCACGUUCCUGUUUUGAAUCAGUUUAAAACUAAAAACUCGGUAUUAUUGCGUCCGAAUCAUCUCUUCGGGCGAAUAUGGUCAAACAGAUUUGUUUCUGAUGUCGUGUUUAUUUAAUCGAGUAAAUAAACCGUGGCCUUGGGUUAGUUAUUACGCAAGUAACCGACGCUAUGCACUAACGAAGACCUGAAUCACUUAAAUUUUAGACCUAGUGAGUAGGGCAAAUAAGCCACCGUAAUAUGAUUCGCUUCAACCCCUGUUCAAAAAUCUUUAAGGAGAAAAAAGCUUACAUCGCACUUCGCACGUUUACUAUCAAAAGGAAGGCUGCGAUAACAUUCUUGGUGAUGUUUUCGUAGAUUACUUAUUUCUACCACUCAAGCUUAUUUACUAUGCAGAUUAUGAUGGCGUUAUCCUUGAAGUUUUUAUAAACAACGCAGUGUUUAUAAAGCAUUCCUGAUUUUAUACAUGACGUAAAUUCAGCGGAAAACGUUCGCUAUAUGCUUGUGUAAGCAUAAUCUUACACAAGAAGCAACUUUACUACAACAAUCUCCAACGUACACUACACUUAACAAUUAUUCUUUGAAAUCGAGGUGAAUAGUGGCAAAAUAUUUACCGAGCCGCGAAAGCGGCGAGGUAAAUAUUCCCAAAGCCACUAUUCACCGAGAUUGAGAAGAAUAAUUGUUUUAGUAUAUACACACGAAGUGAUCUCAACAAAAUCAGAAAGGAAACCAUUCAAAAGUAGGAUUUGAUUGACAGAUCAAAUCACGCGUAAGUUUAAAAAUAGAUCUUUGCAGAAUUUUCAAACAUGGCAAUUCACAAGUUUACUCAUUUCGCAAACAACAGCGUAAUGGCUUCAAUGGAAUCGCUAAAAGUUUGAACUGUUUCCUUACCUGAGAAAAAAAGUAGAGCUGUGUUGUUUUCUGUUGACUCGCCAAGUUUAUAGCCAAAAGGGCAUGUUGUGUCGUUCUUCGCAUGAAGUGCUGACAAAAAUGGCGGCUCGGUUGCUCGAGGUAAGAGGUCGUCUUCCUGUAUCAUUCUUUUUCCUGUUUACUUGAAAUGUAGAAUUUCUGCAAACAUUUCCUUUUAAAUUUGUUUGUCAUAAAUAAACUUCGAUUUUUGAGCCAAAAUUUUCUUCUUAGAAAACGCUGAGUUCACGAAACGGCUUCUUCUACGCGAAUACACGGGAGUUGUAAACAAUCCAUCGAGCACAAAACUCCUGCUACAGUAAAUUGAAAAACGCCGUAUUGAAUCCUUCCAAGUCUUUUCUUGCCUUAAAAAAAGUCAGCCCUAGGAUUUUGUCGACUUUUAAAAGAUCGUUCUCUAAAAAAAACGGGAAAAACACCGAGCUCACACAUUAUCCACUCGCUAGGAGGUGAAUAUUGUUGAAUAGUCCGAGAUAGCGAACCAAUCAGAUUGCUUAAAUCACCAAGAUCACUGAGUGUGUAUAUACUAAAGAUAAUUUGUCUUCAAUGUUGCCUCCGAUAUAUUGAGAUAUUUGUCGAAUUCAAAUCACUGAGACGGAACUGUGACCACAUUUCGUAUUAAUCAACAACGCUAUAGACCCACCUCCAUAUAAGCCUUGAGGGGGUAAGAAGGAGUGGAAGUUGGAAUCAACCUAUUUUUCCCGAGGAGGAGGAUACUUGGGUGAAUUUUUGCUGGGUAUCUGCCGCUGGGCUCCCAGAGCCCCUACCCUACUAUAGUCUAUGCUGUGGCCUGUUAUAGACCCCAUCUUAGUCACUUUUGGGCAAACAUGUAAUUUUUGUGAUCCCAACUUAGUCACUUUCUAUUUAUGUAUCUAUCUUUUCAAUCCUUUAAACAGGUCAUCCUAAAACUGGAAUUGACCCAUUUUUUAAAUAGAAUGAAGAACACUUGCCUCUUCCCCUACAGCACAAACAUUGUGGUACGUUUGUUGUUUAAAAAUAAAGAACUGUAUUACCCCAAAAAUCAGAAAAUGUGCGACCCCAUUCUAGUAACUCUAUUGAAAAUGAGACCCCAUUACAGUCAAUCCAGUCGUGAAAAUGCGACCCCAUCCAGCGGCACAUCCCCAUUAGGCUCUUAUAAGGAGGCACCCCAUACCCCCCCCCCACCCCCAUGAAUGUGGAAGUGAGAUUUGAAUGUUUGAGGCAAAAUUGAGGCAAGAAGACAAUGGGAUCUGAAAGGGAAAGAGAAAGGGAAAAGUAAGAUGUGUGCUACCCCCUCCCCGUUCUCAUGCUUGGGACCCUACAAUUAUUGAUUUUGUGGGUACAGCAAUAAAAAUGGAAUAAAUUUGUUUCUGUCUUUAUAUUCCAAAGGCAAACAACAGCCUAGUGCAGCGGAUGAAAGAUUAUGAAAAGGAGACGACUGUCUAGUGAUACGGGAAACUUUAACCCACCCGAGAUCGAUGCUACAAAGCUGCCUGCCGAGCGUCUGUUGAAAACAAGCGAUCUGCCAGGACCAAAAGACGCGAAGCUUUGGGAGGAAGUACUAAAAGAACUUCCAGUUGAUAUUUUGCUACUGACAGUGAAGGAUUGUGAAUUCUUAAGUUGCGUAUCUCAUCUAAAUAAGGGAUACAUUCGGAGUAGUCAUGACAACCUUGGACCUGUGUACUUCGGGCUAAUGGGUACGGGCCCAACUUUGAAAAUCGCUGUGAUGAAAUGUUAUCCAGGUCCUUUGGCUCCAGGAGGUCCCUUAACAACUGUGACAAAUGGUGUUGAAGUGUUAAGACCCAAAGCGGUAUUUUGUGUGGGAUUCUGCGGUGGCUUAGGCGAAAAAGUCCGUUUAGGAGAUGUGGCAAUUUUAGCGAAGCUAAGAACAUACUCUUCUGUGAAAGUAACGGACAGUGGAAUUCAAGAGCGUGGCCUUGCUGUUCCGUUGGAGAGGAAUCUUUUGAGCCUCAUUAAAAACGCUGAUGAUGGCUGGAAGGCGCCACUAAGAGAUUGCGGGGAGGUGAAAGUAUGGAAAGAUGGCGUGUAUUUGAGCGGUCCCGAGAAGGUGGAAAGUAAAGAAAGACGCGAGGAGCUCGUAAAACGAUUCCCGGAUGCAAUCGCUAUAGAAAUGGAAGGGCAAGGUGAGAAUGUGGCUUAAUCUCGUCUGUGGAAAAACCCUUCCAAGUAAUUGUUCCACAGGACUCUGCUAUGCUCCUAAUGAAAUUUUUUGGGUCGUCUUUGGGUUCAUCCCCUCAUCCUGCCACUGGAACGGGUCGCUAGUUUUAAUAUGACUUGAAAGGUCCAAACUCUUUACUCUUUUGACCUCCAUUGCAGUCUUAUUUACAAAGUCUUUUGCAGGUCUGUUCUCAGCCGCACACGACUUGAAGGUCGAAUGGAUUGUUAUCAAAGGUGUCGCUAACCUUGCUGAUGGCAGGGAACCUGAGUCUUGGAGACAAUUUGCGAGCGUAAUGGCAGCUUCAUUGACCGCACACAUUCUAAGUAAAUCAAUUGUUUUCAAAAACUGGCCUCAUUAUAAAAGGUGAGUAUGCAGUAGCCUAGUCCCCAGUCCAGUUCGCCCCAUCCGAGUGAGCGGAGAGGGCUUAGAACCAAAUUCUCCCGACAAUGACUGGAAACGAAGCUCAGUAUGCAGGUGUCACACUUCUGAAGGUUCGAUGGCCGUGAGCAAUAAAAGGGAGUUCCACAUUUUACUUAGGAUCUCACCAUUUUUCCACUGAAAAUUUUUAAAGCAGGAAUUGGGUAAACUUACUAGGAAUUCGUAUCUCGCAUCAACCAUCGCGAAACUCGUUUUCUUAGUAGCGCAACGUCGGGCGCGCAAAGAAUCUUUAUAGGUAAAAUAGCUUGUAAGCUACGUAGCGAUGGGGCCGAGUUAGUUUUCGUAAAGACUUCUGAGACUGUAACUAGGGACAAGAAAAAAAUGGCCAAUAGCGUCCCCAGUAACGAUUUCAGAAACAAUUGCGGGACACAUUUCGGCCCCAUUUCCCUUCCCGUUUCUAAAGUGGCGGUUAUAAUCAACUGUGGCUUUUUUUUUUGGCGGGGGGGGUGUAAAAAUAAAUCAAUAAACUGGCAAUGCUGCUCUAAACAAUUCUAAUGGAGUUUGUUUUUCGACAUACCUGCUAAAUGAAGGAUGGACUUUUUGCUUAAUGAAUCAGUAAAAGAUAAAAGGCAGGAAAAAAAACAGGCAAUUUUGGUUAAAGGGUUUGGCAAAACAAAGCCUUACUUGUGACAUAGGAAAUAAAGUGAGCGAGAAAAAGCUCGCAGAGUGGAGACACUGAUUACACUGUCAGUUUCAAUUCCACUAAUCUAACGAUGCAAAUUUUAAUUUCAGGUGAUUGAAGGCCUGCUUAUGGAGAUCAUGAAUAAAAAAAUGAGGUAAGACGAUUUUAUCGCAAUUCACUCAAUUCAAACAAAACGCAUUUUUUAAUUCAAAGUUAAAUAUGUUAGUGCAUCUGUAAUUAUUUACGUGGUUAGUAUAUUCAUGGGGCAAUUGGUUAACUCUAAAACGUUGCUAACUUCUGACAAUUUGUACAUCCUUACUUUUUUUUUUCAGGCACAGCUAGCCUAGCUGCGCAUGCGCCCGGCUAAAAGCAGGAGUAGUCAUCAUUCUGGGUUGAACUAAUGGUAACGUUGGCACGUAGAUUUGUCAACGGGCAGACAUUCCUUUUAUUAGCCAUGUUGUUUUUCAUUUAUCUACAGCAUGUAUCAGACCUUUUGGAAAAAGCCGGAGUUGGUGUACAAGCAGCUGUCAACAGAAACUGGUGUUAAUCCUUUAGACUGAAAAUAUCUUUGUUUCAAUUUUUUUAACAAGUUAACUUCUGAUUGAAAAUAAAGUUUUAGAUUUGAAAACGAAAUCGUCUAUUAAUUUUGGGGUUUGUAUGCUUUUAGACGCGCCUCCAUAUCCAUCGACUGCACAUUGACUGAAUGACACCAUAGCCUGUGUACAGACUGGCCCCCUCCCCUCAGGAAAAAUUGGAGAAGAAGCCCCUUCUACCCCUUCUGCGAUUUUGUCUCAGGGGAUGGAGCGGCUGUACACAGGCUAUGACGCUAUUGAAAAUUGAGGGAACUACUGGGAAAACCUAGCAUGUCGUCAUAAAAAAUAAAAAGGCAAUAGAACGUCUAAAUUUGUGCAAAAUAAUUGUUCUUGUCUUUCUCGUUUGAAAAUGAAGGGUUGUUGAAAUGUUGGAGCAACCUCUUUUAGGCCACGUCCACACGAAAGCGGACAUUUUUGAAACCGCAUAUUUUUUUAUCCGGACUCGUGUGUAAGGGCUCGUUUAACCCCUCUGGAGAGCAGUUUCAAGACAAUGCGGGUUCGGUGAGCAGACGCACUGGUUUCGAGUGGACGGAAGGUCGAUUCGUGUUUUAAAGUACGCGGUUCCAAAAAUAUCCGGAUUCGUGUAAACGUAGCCUAUAAAAUUCAACCAUUCACACUUUUUCUCGUCCUCAAAUCAGACAUUUUUUUUACAGACAACCACUACCACAAUUCUAUCGUCUUCCCUCCUCCACCACCACCACCAUUGACCACACUUCUAUUGUCUUCCCUCCUCCUCCACCACCGCCACCACUGACCACAUUUCUAUGUCUUCGCUCCUCCUCCUCCACCACCACCACUGACCACAUUUCUAUUGUCUUCCCUCCUCCUCCACCACCACCACCACUGACCACAUUUCUAUUGUCUUCCCUCCUCCUCCACCACCACCACCACUGACCACAUUUCUAUUGUCUUCCCUCCUCCUCCACCACCACCACCACUGACCACAUUUCUAUUGUCUCCCCUCCUCCUCCUCCACCACUACCACUGACCACAUUUCUAUUGUCUUCCCUCCUCCUCCACCACCACCACCACUGACCACAUUUCUAUUGUCUUCCCCCUCCUCCUCCACCACCACCACUGACCACAUUUCUAUUGUCUUCCCUCCUCCUCCACCACCACCACCACUGACCACAUUUCUAUUGUCUUCCCUUCUCCUCCACCACCACCACCACUGACCACAUUUCUAUUGUCUUCCCUCCUCCUCCACCACCACCACCACUGACCACAUUUCUAUUGUCUUCCCUCCUCCUCCACCACCACCACUGACCACAUUUCUAUUGUCUUCCCUCCUCCUCCACCACCACCACUGACCACAUUUCUAUUGUCUUCCCUCCUCCUCCACCACCACCACCACUGACCACAUUUCUAUUGUCUUCCCUCCUCCUCCACCACCACCACCACUGACCACAUUUCUAUUGUCUUCCCUCCUCCUCCACCACCACCACUGACCACAUUUCUAUUGUCUUCCCUCCUCCUCCACCACCACAACCACUGACCACAUUUCUAUUGUCUUCCCUCCUCCUCCACCACCACCACCACUGACCACAUUUCUAUUGUCUUCCCUCCUCCUCCUCCACCACCACCACUGACCACAUUUCUAUUGUCUUCCCUCCUCCUCCACCACCACCACUGACCACAUUUCUAUUGUCUUCCCUUCUCCUCCACCACCACCACCACUGACCACAUUUCUAUUGUCUUCCCUUCUCCUCCACCACCACCACCACUGACCACAUUUCUAUUGUCUCCCCUGCUCCUCCUCCACCACCACCACUGACCACAUUUCUAUUGUCUCCCCUGCUCCUCCUCCACCACCACCACUGACCACAUUUCUAUUGUCUUCCCUCCUCCUCCUCCUCCUCCUUAUCCUCCUUAGUGACAGGAGGGUAGGAGCUUGUAAGCGGUUUAUGGAUACUGCACCCCAAAUGUCCCCCUUAAGAACAUCAUCCCCUCUCCUGCCGCUAUUGAGUCUCAUUACAGUAUAAGGGUCCAACUUCCAAGACGUCAACAUGGUCAUACCAGAAGAAUUAAUGACUUUGUAACUUAUAAAUUUUAGUGAAUGUAUGUAAAUGGUUAAUUGUAUGUGACAAUGACCUUCCCCAACAAUUCAGUUAUUGCUGUAAGUGGAUGAAAUAAACAGAAUAUCUACCUAUCUAUCUAUCUAUCUAUCUAUCUAUCUAUCUAUCUAUCUCUACUGACCACAUUUCUAUUGUCUUUCCUCCCCCCCCUUCACCACCACCACUGACCACACUUCUAUUGUCUUUCCUAUACCACCACCACCACUACCAUCAAAUGUCUUUCCUCUACCACUAAAACCACAUUUUUAUCGUUUUCUCUUCACUAUCACCACCACUACCACAUUUCUGACCAUUUCUAUUGUCUUCUCUCCACCACCACCAUAGCCACAAUAAUUCUAUUGUCUCCCUUCACCACCAACACCACAACCACAACCACAUUUCUGCCUUUCGCCCUCUACCCUUACCACUUCCACCACCACUGUUUUUCUAUAAUCGUCCCACCAUAAUUACAUCGUCUUCCCUCCACCACCACCACUACCAAAACAUUUUUAUUGUCUCCCUCCACAACCACCACUACUACAUUGUUAUUGUCUUACCUCCUUCACUACCACCACAUUUCUUUUGUCUUUCGCCCUUCACCAUUACCACUUCCACCACCACAAUUACAGGGGAUUUGACGUUCUGUUGCUCUUGCUAAAUCUUCUUUUUGCACACGUAAUGAAACCAAGUCAAGGUUUUUUUCAAGUAGUUUGUCUGAGUUGCCUCACAUUCCCGUAAAACAAAACUGGCAAAUGUUCUUCUCUUGCACGUCUUGCGUGAAAGUCAUUUUAUAAAGUUUUUCUACGUAAUGCCUCUGGCUAGUUCGGAAAGAAAUUUUUCAGAUUUUAAUUUAUUACUUACGAGGGUUAUCAUUUUUUUAGUUAACGGCCUGAGCUGUUAUACCUGUACAAGUGAGGAUUCCUUGGAAAAUUGUAAUUUGAAGUCAACAAAAAAAGAUUGCCCAUCGGGAACACCGAAUUGUGUCACUGGCACGUUAAUAUGUUCUGCAGGGGAAGUCACGAAAACUGUCUUCUACAAGAGAUGUGGAACCAAAGGCGAGGACUGCGACCCGUCAGAUUAUCCCUCCUGUCCUUCGUCACAGGGAGGAUGGUUAUUCGGCACUUCAGGCAAAUGUUGCACUGGUGACAACUGUAACUCUGGC